AUGUGGGUUCCGACUCAUGGGUGUGUCCGGACGGAGCUGAGAGUGGAGAACUUCCUGGUCACCCUGCUGGACAUUGGUUGGGCCCCGGAGGUGCGGGGAUCCUGGAGGGAUCUCUAUGGGGAGGUCCAUGGGUUCAUCUUUGUGGUGGACUUCAGUGACCGGCAGAGGAUUAAAGAGUUCAAGGAGCUUCUGACGGACCUGCUGAAGCAGCCUAGAGUGGCGGGAAAACCACUACUGGUGGAAGGACUACUACUUAUAUCAAGUUUGAAUUAUGUGAAUAAAAUACUUGAUCAAUGCCAAAAUAAAAAGCGAAGUUACAGCUGAUUUUAUGACUAUGUUAUACAAUGUUCUAUGAGGUGUACAGAAACCCAUGAGUUGACAGAUGAUCUAUAUUACCUAUACCCAUUAAAACCUUAGUGUUGCCAUUUACAGUGGGCAAGGAAGGACCGUAGCGAAACUGAUUAGUGCUUUCAAAACAACGUUAUGCUCUGUUGUUGUGUUUUAGGCUGGCCACCAAGCAGGACAAGAUGAACACCCUGCUGGGGAGUGAGAUAAUCGAGAUCCUGUCUCUGGAGAGACUGGUGAACCAGAGCCACUGUCUGUGCCACAUUGUGAGUCUAGUCCUCAUACACACCACUCUCCACACAACUAGACAGACAGACAGACAGACAGACAAUCAGCUAGAAAGCCAUCCUGCCAGCCAAUCAGAGAUACAGAUUAUGUUAAUUAUGUACAAGAGACCGAUAGAUACAAAGACAGACACAAAUCCAUGUGGGCUACAUAGAUUUGAUUAUGUUGUGCUUUUUUGCUCAAGGAGCCUUGCUCAGCCUUCAUAGACCGGUGGAGGUGGACAGACAGGAUGACACUGCGGGUCUUUGCUGGCCACUGCGUGCCGUCAAUCUGGAUUACCCAGAAUUCUGUUCUCGCAUAAUCAGGAACAUCAGGGACAGGAGACCUCUGGCACCAGAUGAGAGGAACAACCAUGGGAAGAUGGAGAGGCCGCAGCAAGCCCAAAGAGGAAAGGUAAGAGAGAGACUAUAACUCUGUGCCUUCAGUUAGACUCCCAGAAAAUCAUCUGUCUUGGUCAAUGUGUUGAGAUUGCAGUGACAGAAUAUGUAUCCAUUAACUAUUUCUAUUUCAAAGACAUUGCUUAGCUAUGUUAGCUAAAGCAUUAUGGCAUUGACCCUUUUUUCAUGUGAAAUUUUGUCUCUGUGUAGAUUACAUGGCAGCAAAAAUGACCAUUGUAAAGUACAACGCCUUCAAGAAAAGGACCAAAGGCCCAAGACCCCUUCACUACAACCCAUUCGAAAGAUCUUGAAAAAGGUAAAGACAUUGACAGUUUUAAUAUAGUUGCAGAUCCAUUUGAUCUUGAUAAGAUUCCUAUAGUUUCAGUACAGUAAAGGUGUUAAAUGUGAACUGAUGAGCAUUUUAUAUUGUAGAAGAGCAGGUCAAGAUUAAAGACAGAAGAGGAAAGUGAAGGAGGAGAGAAUGUGGAGGGAGGGGGAGGGGCAGGGAGGUAGCACAGAGGCGGACCAGGAACACACUGUGCAGAAAGAGAAGGCCAGCAGUCCCCUAAUACCUCUGAAACGAGGGAAGCUGAAACGCAAAGCCAAAGUGAAGGAAGAGACCCUAGACCUCCCAGAAUCAGUUGAAAACUAA